GUAAUUUUUUUCGCUGCAACAUUAAUUCAAACCAGACAUUUCUAUCUCAAACCUCAACACCAAUUUCGAAAUUCAUAUCCCGCGCUCAGUACUUCCUUCUUCUUCCCUCAGCUUUCCCUGCGUUUCGCCCGUCGCCGGUGGUUCUCGCCAGUCGUCGUCGUGAGUCUCGCCCAUCGCCGGUGGUACUCCAGCAAGGGUCUAUUUCCUCGCCUCCUCACCUCAUCACCGGUGGUUCCCUGCUCGAAAAACCACCGCAGAAAUUAUUCCUUGCUCGAAAAACCAGCGGUGAAGUCAUUCUCUGCUCGAAAAACUAAGCUACUUUGCUCGGCCGGUUCUCGAACCCUGUUCUCCGUCAAUCCUCGCCGCGCAUCGAGGCGAUAUGAGGCUGAAUUUAUUGAAUUUAUGCAGUUGGUGGACAGCUUAAAUUGGAGGGUGCAAAAUGAGAUCGACAAUAUAUUAACAAAACCUAUUGUUCCUGCUGAGCUAUACCGAAAAGUGUGUGACUCUCAGCUUGUAGGACUUUCAGGUUACUCAAAAGAGGGUUUGUCUGUCGUUGCCAUUGGCGUGGGGCAUAGCUCGCAUGAAAAAGCAUCUCCACUGGCAUCACAUAGGUAUGAACGACCGAUAAGUACCUGUAUCAAGGUACUUGAUAUGACUGGCUUAAAAAUAUCGGCCCUUAAUCAAAUAAAGGUCUAUACUCUGAGGAAUGCGCCUUAUGCUAGUGAGGAAAUUGAUGUUGUUCGUGAGCAAUGAGCUAAGUUUUUACCAGCAAGUAUUUAUUAUUGGCCCGAACGCGCUUGAUGGAGUUGGUUUAGAUGUAUAGAACAAUCUUUAAUAUUAAAAUGUAUGCGUACGUUGAAAUUGGAACAUAUAUUUAAAUGUAGUACGUGCACUUUGGUUUUGGGAUAUUUAUAUAUAUGUAUACAAAACACCAGUUAUUGUUUUA